AUGGAGGAAAAGUUCUGCGCAUUGACCCACAAAACAGGCACCCGACUGCAGACAGUGAAACUGCCAGUGGAGAAAACCACCUCAUGUUGUUUCUGUGAGAAGGAUCAUCAUUACACUGAUCUGUACGUCACCGCAGCGUAUAAAGGCAUGGAUGAAGAUUCACUGGCCCAACAGCCUGAGGCUGGCUGCGCAUUUAAGAAUGGUACUGAAAAACCUCCUACCUAUUACCUCGGUGCUUUGGUCAUACACUGGUCAUACACUGGUAUUCUGUUGCUGUUUUUCUUCCUAUCUCUCUUGAUCGCAGACCAGCUGAGAAACAGAAAACCCAGAAACUACCCCCCUGGACCCACACCUUUACCUUUCAUCGGGAACAUCUUUCAUCUGGAUGCCACACAACCUCAUAUUCACCUGACGAAAUUGUCUGAUCACUAUGGCAACAUUUUCAGCAUGCGUUUUGGAAGCCUGAACACUGUUAUUGUGAAUAAAUACAGCAUGGUAAAGGAAGCUCUUAUCGACCAAGCAAACAUUUUCACAGGCCGUCCAAAUAAUGAUGUGCUUAAAAGGAUAAUGAACUGCCAAGGUGUAACCUUCAACAACGGCUACAGCUGGAAACAACAGAGGCGUUUCACUCUCAGUACUCUUAAAUACUUCGGUGUGGGAAAGACGAGCCUGGAAUCUAGCAUCAUGGGAGAGUAUGAAUUCCUGCACAAGGCCAUCAUGGAUACCAAUGGGGUGCCAUUUGACGCCCAUUAUUUUAUUAACAAUGCUGUCUCCAACAUCAUCUGCUCCAUGGUGUUUGGAAGGAGGUUUGAGUACACUGACCAGAGGUUUCUAAACAUGCUCAGUCUGUUGUCUAAAACCCUCAAACUACAAGGAUCAGUGUGGAUACAGCUUUAUGGGGCUUUUCCACGUGUUAUGGAUCUUCUUCCAGGACCUCACAAGGAACUUUUCUCCUGCUUCGAACAAGUCCAUGCUUUUAUUAAGGAAGAGGUUGAGAAACAUUAUGAAGAUUGGGACCUUUCAUCACCCAGAGAUUUUAUUGACUGCUAUCUUAAUGAAAUCCAAAAGAGAAAAGAUGAUCAGGAAGCAGGUUUUCAUGAAGAGGGUCUGCAUUACUCCAUUCUUGAUUUGUUUGUGGCAGGAACCGAGACCACAUCUACAACUCUUCUGUGGGCCUUUGUGUACAUGAUGAAAUACCCAGAAAUCCAAGAAAAGGUUCAGAUAGAAGUAGACACGGUAAUUGGACAAUCCCGCCGACCCAACAUAGAUGACAGAGCUAACAUGCCGUACACCAAUGCUGUUAUCCAUGAGGUCCAGAGAAUGGGUAAUGUUGUUCCCCUCAGCGCGCCAAGAAUGACCACUGAGAAUACAUUAUUAGGAGGAUAUUUUAUUCCAAAGGGUACACAGAUCAUUCCUAACCUGACAUCAGUACUGUCUGAUGAGACAAUGUGGAAGUCACCAUUUUUAUUUGACCCACAAAAUUUUCUCAACACUCAAGGCAGCUUUGAAAAACCUGAUGCCUUUAUUCCUUUUUCAGCAGGAAAACGGUCUUGUCCAGGAGAAACGCUUGCCCAUAUGGAGCUGUUUCUCUUCUUCACAUCUCUUCUGCAGGCUUUUAAUCUCUGUCCUCCAGUUGGAACACAAAUCAACCUGGACUUUAAAUUUGGAAUGACCCUUUCCCCAAAGCCAUUCAGAAUAAGUUUUACUCCCCGUUAG